CACGGCUGCUUGCGUACCGUGCCGGCCUCUGACAUCGGCGGCACCCGACAUUCCGGCAAUAUAAUUCUCCAGAUAUCUAUGCCAUGGCACCUAUCCCACGUGAAUCGCGGAUCCCCAGUUCCCCAGUCUCAGAUCCAGCUGAGGCCCUGAGGGGCUGCUUCACGUCAGCGCUGACAUACCCACCUUUGUAUGUACCACCAUCGAAGAUGAAACAACCGCGGCCCCGUCUCGGCCAGCGUCUCGGUCAGCGUCAGCGUCACCGUCCGUCGCCGACGAUAACACAAGAACUUCGUCCACCUCCCCCUCGUCACCACACGCAAACCUGCCUCCGCGCGCACAAAAUGUCCACCACACUGACCUCCGACGCCCUACCACCCGCCACAGCGCUCCAAAAGCUCUCCAAGCUGAACGUCUACGACCACACGGGGGCGGCCACAACUUUGCCGCAGCUGCUGACCACAGGCCAGCCAGACUACAUACUGACCAUCUUCAUCCGACACUUCUACUGCGGCAACUGUCAAGACUACAUCCGCACCCUCAUCUCCGCGCCCUUACUAUCCCCCUCUGCACUGGCCGCGCAUGGCAAGAAGCUGAUAAUAAUCGGGUGCGGCUCGCCGUCGCAGAUCGCCGGGUACAAAGCCGAUCUGGGGGCGCCAUGGGACAUCUACAGCGACCCGAGCGGGGCGGUGUACAGCGCGCUGGGGAUGCACAAGUCGUUCGGGCUCGGCGCAAAGAAGCCAGAGUACAUCACCACACCCGUGUUGACCGGGAUCUGGAACGGUGUUGUCGGUGGCCUGAAAGGCGGCGUGUUUAGUGGCGGGAACUUUGCCAGGAAUGGUGGGGAGUUCCUGUGGGUGGAUCAGAAACUGGAGUGGUGCCAUCGGAUGGCGAAUACUCGGGAUCAUUUGGAGGUGCCGCAGGUGGUCAAGCUGUUGAACGACUGGCCAAAUCUGGGGUGAAGGAGGUCAAGGUCAGAAGGGAGACACAUCACAGCACAAACACGAGCAUGCUAGACAUGCAGCACGAGCGUACGAAGGAAGAACAAUU